UUGAUUAAGUCUUUCUUUACAGACUUUCUGUGUGGAUACUGUUUUCAUUUGUUGAUCUGGUUUCAUUUCAAUUCAUUUUCUUAUAAAUGCAUUUGUUUAGUUUAUUUCUUCUGUUUUCUAAAUGGAUAUAAAGAUAUAAAAAGUUAAUUCCUGUCUUUAUUGUUUGUGGUUAUACACUGGGGAAUAUACUAAGAUUUUGUAGUAAUGUGUUCUUAGUUGGUGGGCCCCUCCUAUUAUUCAGAUAUAUGUAACUGCAUGCUAGUAAAGGAGACAGUGGUUAUAUAGAUGGCGCCCGAACAGGGACCCACAGACUUCAUAUAUGUUGUUGAAAAAUUCCCAGUGUCUGUCACAAAAUAAACCCUAACACGUUAAUAAAUAAAUAAAUAAAAUGGCUAGUCAGGAAGUUUUGAAUGAGGAUGAGCCCGUACCCAAUACAGAUUUUUCAUCUGCACCAUUUAGCAUCCAUAGAGAACCCCUACGAGAGUUGAUUAAUACGUUCAGUGACUUGUACCUUGAUUCAGAGGAGGAAGACGUGUUUGUGGAUGACGGACAAAAGGAAGUCACAUUUCUACCUCCACCACCACCUGAAAUUUACGCGGAACCGACGCACCAUCCUUCCACUGCUGUUUCAGAUAUGUUAGAACAACUCACAGGACGUUUCACCAAACUUGAGGAGCGUAUUACCGACAUCAAUCAACGGGUGAGUGAACAAGUUUCCUUCAUUGAUGUUGAAUCACAACGCAAAGCUACAGAAGAUAAAUUGUUAUACCAAAUAGACCGUGAGUGCAGUAGAGUGAGAAAACAUCUAGAACUGAGCAUUCGCGAUCUUGGACAGUCAGUGCUAGACUGUUUGAAGAGAAGAGACCAACAAUUGGAUCAGAGAUUACAAGCUUUCCAGCCUUUUAUAUCCACCCCAAUUCAGCCCAUGAAUACCAGUACUGUUCACAGACCAUUGACCGAUCAAACCUACAGUCUUCAGUCAAAUACUCAAUCUGUCAUGGACUGUUCAAAUCAGUACAACCCACCAGUCAAACUUGAGUUUCCUAGUUUCAGCAAUAGCCCGGAUGAAGAUCCUAUCUUAUUCAUUGAACGAUGUGAGGAGUAUUUCACUGUUCGACCUUUGAAGAAUAGUGAAAUUUUGGCUUCUUUAACUGCCGUACUUAAAAGUACUGCAAAAGAUUGGUGGAUGGCGGAGAAAGGGAAUGUCUGUGACUGGAAACAAUUUAAAAAAAUAUUUCUGCAAUCUUUUCUCAGUGAGGAUUAUGAAGAGUUGGCAGUAAGGAAGCUGAUGGAGAGGAGACAAGGUGCAAGAGAAAGUUUCAGAGAUUUUGCUUUUCACUAUAGAGCUCUUUGUUUGAGAUGGAAGAAGGACAUGUUAGAAAGAGAGGUGGUGCAAGCUAUUUUACGUAACUGUAACCCACGGCUUGCUAGCUUGCUACGUGGCAAUAUAAAAGAUGUAGGAGAACUUGUAAAAGUAGGUACACAGAUAGAACGAGAUUUUUUUGAGUCCAAGAAAUACUGGAGUCAAGUUAAUGGAGAUGAGCAAAAGAAGAGAAAUCCUCCAGAUCACGAUUCACAUCGCAAAACAGCGGCAGCCAAUACCAGAGUUGUCCAGACUUGCCAAAAUUCUAUGCAAUAUGACAUCAGAAACCUUAUCAUUCCCAUAACCCUACAAGACAUGCAUAUUACUGCUAUGGUGGACACUGGCAGUACUUUGUCACUAAUUCAAAAGUCAUGCUGGAAACAGUUAAGCCGUCAAGAAGUAUACCUACCUGGUGGGGGACAAACUUUCCUUUUAGCCAACGGACAACGCCAAACGCUGUUGGAAAGGUUGUGUGGAAGAGUGAAGUGCAGGGUCGUCCAAUAG